AAGUAAAAUGCGUUAAAGAACAACAAAUCAGAGACUAUUAUUUACAUUCUAAAACAUUCUUUUUGGCGUGAGGCCACAGAGAAGUGUUCAUAAUUUAGAAACAGUGCACACCCAUAUCUUAAACAGACUGGGAUUGCAUGAUGUCAACAUGGGUACAUUAGGCUAACAAGCACAAGUCUGAGUAAAACAUACAAAAACACAGAAAUAUCAAUGAAAUUUACAUUGAAAAUAUGUGGUUGGAUCAAACUGAUUUUAAGAAGGCUCUCAAAAUUUGGUGGGGGGAAGACCAGGUAUUUAGCUGGGAAGGGUACAAAUUUAUGAGCAGGUUGAAAUUGUUGAAAGCAAAGAUGAAACGCUGGAGCAAGGAGGUGUUUGGAGAUGUGGAGUCCGCUAAAUGGGAGGCUGAAGUUGAUCUCCAUGAGGGGCUGGAAGGGCUGGAUAGCGUCUUGAGGAAGGAAAGGGAAGAUCUACACUUCUUGGUAGGUGAUUUAGUUUUCAAGGAGGAAGUGAAGUGGAGACAGAGAGGUAAAGUUAAAUGGGCUAGAGAUGGAGAUGGUAAUACCAAAAAAAUUCAUAAGAUGGCCACUGGUUAUAGAAAAAGAAACUACAUUGAUAGGUUACAAGUGGAGGCUGUAGGUAUUAUUGAUAACAAGAAGGGUAUUGAAUCGGAGGUAAUUAAUUUUUUCAAGAGGUUUUAUAGUAGUAACGAGGAAGUGGGUUGGGGGCUGGAGGGAUUAAAUUGGUGCCCAAUUAGCAAUGCGGAGGUGGCUUGGAUCGAGAGACCGUUUGAGGAGGUGGAGGUUUUUUUUGGACAAAAAAGGAGGUGGAGGUUUGUAAUGCAGUCUUUGAUUGCGGAAAGGACAAGUCGCCAGGUGCUGAUGGUUUCACUCUGUUCUUCUUCCAAUCUUGCUGGGACACUGUCAAAUGUAAUAUUAUGAAGGUGACUGAGAAUUUCUAUGAUACUGGGAUCUUCAAUGUUGUUACAAAUGAAACUUUGAUCUGUCUUAUCCCAAAAGAAAGAGACUGUUAAGAUUAGGGAUUACAGGCCUAUUAGUUUGGUGACUAGCUUAUACAAAGUGGUGUCCAAAGUUUUGGCCUCGAGACUAAGGGAGGUAUUCGGCGGUACUAUUUCCCUUUCCCAGGGAGCUUUUGUGAAAAAUAGGCAGAUUCUGGAUGCUGUUUUGGUUGCUAAUGAGGUUGUCGAGCACGCCAAGAAGUCUAAUAAGUUGGGUUUGGUCUUUAAAAUUGAUUUUGAACAUACAUAUGAUCAUGUGGAAUGGAAAUUUGUGGAUGAUGUUUUGGAAAGAAAGGGCUUUGGAGGGAGAUAGAGAAGUUGGAUCAAGGGUUGUUUAGAGUCUGAUAAUUUCUCUAUCAAUGAUUAACGGGAGGCCCAGGAUCCGUUAUCCCCAUUUUUGUUCACUUUGAUGAUCAAUGUGCUAAGUAGGCUUAUGGAGAAGGCUCAAGAGAAUUAAUAAAUCUAAAUGUUCUUUUGUGGGAAUAAAUUAUAGUACCUCAUAUUCGGAUUUGCUAGCUGGUGGUUGGGGUUGCGAGGUGGGUGGAUGGCCUAUGAAGUAUUUAGGCCUUCCCCCCGGCAGUAAUCCUAGAGCACCAGUGGUGGAGAAGGUACACAUGAGACUUCAAAAGUGGAAGUGAGCAUUUCUUUCUAGAGGCAGAAGGUUAUUCAAGCUGUUUUGAGUGGUAUCCCAACCUAUUAUAUGUCACUUUUUAAAAUGUCUAGCAGCAUGGCUAAUAAAGUGUAAAAGCACAUGAGAUCCUUUUUAUGAAAUGAGUGGAGGCAAGGAAAACUUAAGA